AUGACUCAAGUUAGCAUUGUAAGACCAGCGUCACAUCUAGGGGUAUCAGCCAGAUUUCCCGAAAUACCACAUCCCUUGUCCAGGCUGGGCAAUCCUGAAACGAUUUUGAUCCACGGAGUUUCCCAGCUUUCAGUCCGGGAAUCGGUUGCUGGAAGAUCCCCCCUUACAAAGAGCAGGCACCUGAAACUUAGUGAGCGUACUUCCUCCAGAAGGAAGGAAUCUGCAUCGGAUAACAUUUACCCAGAGGUUGGAAAAGAGGACCUGGAGAAUUGGAGAAAGUUGGAUCGUUGGAUUAAUCUCAAAAAGUGUUGGGCCAGUGGACCUAGAAUAACUGAUGAGGACGAUGAGACAGUUUUCUCGUCAAGGCCUGGAACCCAGAUGAGACUCCAGGUAGAUGAGCUUGAAUAUCUUCUGCGACAGAAGAUCAAAUCUGGCGGAUUCUACACUUUACGGCAACUCUUUCAAGCAAACGACCCCAAUGGCAGGGGUCAGGUGACAAGAGAAGUGUUGCUGAUAAUUCUAACUCGAUUUCUGGGAAGAUUCAUUACUGCAAAGCUGUUUCAUCAUCUUUUACUUAGACUUAAACUUAACGAAAAGCCCAUCAUCACAUACGAAGACUUUUACGUGCACUUUAAAGAACAGGAACCUAAAGGAUACCCAACGUGGAUGGAUCCUGUAAAGGGAUCUCAAGAGAACAGAAAGAUGAGCGCAACUCAAGUUCAUUUGCAACUGAAGGCAAUGGUUAGCGAGAGGCCGUGGGAACUGAGGGCUCUUUUCAACAAGAUGGAAAAUGGCAGAAUGCAGCCGCUGGAAUUUCAGAAGCUCCUGCACCGGCUCGGAAUGGAAACGGAACACGAGGAAUUCAUGAAACUGUUGAAGCGGUAUGACCCGGGCAAUCUUGGUGCUGUGCAAGCUCGGAUCCUGAUGAGAGCUUUGGGCUUCCAAACUGGAGCUGAGUGUCGGGAAGGAUGGAAGUCAGUCCUUUCAGCAUCUGGCAGGAUAACAAAAGGCUCCUCGAGAAGAAGAAGCUGGACAAAAGCAGAAAUGGAGAGAAAACUGACGCUGGAUAUCGAAAACUGGCUGAAGGAAAAGUUUAGGGAGGGUUUUAAGCGUAUGAUGGCAGAAUUCUAUUCCUUUGACCAAGAUAAUUCUCAAAUGGUUACAAGAGAAAUCUUCUUACGUGUACUGGAGAAAUUCAAGCUUCGACUCAAAGAGGAGUGCUCCCUUUGUCAACUACAUGGAAUUUCUCCAUAA